UGUAAACAUCAUCUGUUGUGCCUCUCACUCCUUGGUUUCUUCUCCUCCAGUAAGUGCACCUCUCAGAAAUCUCCAAGUCCGAUGGUCUCACCCUGAAGAGUGUCCUGGCUUCCUCCUGCCAUGGCAUUGUUCAAUGUCACUCAUCCUGCUUCCUUCCUCCUGACUGGUAUCCCUGGUCUGGUGAGCUCUCACUCUUGGCUAGCAGGGCCCCUCUGUGUAAUGUAUGCUGUGGCCUUUGGGGGCAAUGCAGUGAUUUUGCAGGCUGUGCGAAUGGAGCCCAGCCUCCACAAGCCCAUGUACUACCUCCUGUCUUUGCUGUCCUUCAGUGAUGUGGCCAUGUCCAUGGCUACACUGCCUACUGUACUCAGAACCUUCUGCCUCAAUGCCCGCAACAUUGCUUUUGAUGCCUGCCUAAUUCAGAUGUUUCUCAUUCAUUCCUUCUCCAUGAUGGAAUCAGGUAUUCUCCUGUCCAUGAGCUUAGACCGCUAUGUGGCCAUUUGCAAUCCCUUGCACUAUGCCACUGUGCUCACCGAUGGAGUCAUCGCUGGAAUGGGUAUAGCUGUGACUGCUCGGAGCUUCAUUACCCUCUUUCCUCUUCCAUUCCUUAUCAUGAGGCUGCCUAUCUGCAGAUCCAAUAUCCUUUCCCACUCCUACUGCCUACAUCCAGACAUGAUGAAGCUGGCCUGUGCUGAUAUCACUAUCAACAGCAUCUAUGGACUCUUUGUUCUUAUAUCCACCUUUGGCAUGGAUCUGUGUUUUAUCUUCCUCUCCUAUGUGCUCAUUCUGCGUUCAGUCAUGGCCAUUGCUUCCCAUGAGGAACGCCUCAAAGCUCUCAACACAUGUGUGUCACAUAUCCUGGCUGUACUUGCAUUUUACGUGCCAAUGAUUGGGGUCUCCAUAGUGCACCGCUUUGGGAAGCAUGUCCCACGUUACAUACAUGUCCUCAUGUCCAACAUCUACCUUUUUGUGCCCCCUGUGCUCAACCCUCUCAUUUAUAGCGCCAAGACAAAGGAGAUCCGCCGAGCCAUUGUCCGCAUGUUUCGCCACAUCAAAAUGUGACCUUUGCUUUUGGCUUUAAAAUAUGAUGUUUAUUGUAGCCAUAGGCUGCCACCCAUUGGUAUUAUCAUGAUUAUUGUCAUCAUCAUCAUUUCAUCAUCAAGAAUAAGAUAUAUAUGUGUACUGGGGAAAAUGGAAUGACAAAACUUGUAACAAAACAAACAGUAGUAGCUUCAGCAAACAUCAAUGGCAUUAUUAGAAAGAUAAAUGUCAGAGGAAAUUGAAUUAUUAGACAAAACUUUAAAGAGGAAAGUUAGCCCAAGCUAGGAAUCAUUUUCUACAAUACAGUAAUAUGACUAAUGUAAUGAUAACUAAACAUUGAGUCUUUAAAGUGCCAGGGUCUGUUCUGUUCUAAAUUAUUUAUGUGCGUUAAUUCACUUAUUCUUCAUAACAGCCCUAAGAGGUGCAGAGAAUUAAGUAAAUUUUUCAGGGUAACACAGAUAAUAUGUCAUUUAGAUGAGAUUCAGUACUAGUCUGGCUCCAUAAUUUGUACCAGCCUCUCUGUCUAAUGGCAUCACUAUUAACACUACCAUUCCUUUCUUGCUUUCAUACCACUUUCACUCCCCAAAAUUCAUGAGCUGUUUUGACCUCACAAUAAGAAACUAGAUACACUGUCAGAACUUGCUAUAAGAUAUAUGAACAAACAUGACCCAGGAAAUAGAGUAAUCUAUUUAAAAAAGACAAAAAAACUUCUAGAUUCCUCUGUUUCCUUUAUCUGCCUACCACUUAAUCCUCCCCCAAGAAAAGCAAUGUUCAAUAGCUGAACCAUAAAAUUUUUUGACAUUAUACUAGACACAUGACCUCCUUCUUUUCCCUUUUUGGGUUUUUAAUUUGCUUCCACACAAUGACAUAAUAAGACACAUUAGAAAUUGUGUCCUACUAGAAUUUCCAGUUACAAAAAGGGCUGGGAUAGGCAAAGUAGAGCAUUUAUGAUUUGGACAUCAGAAAAUAAUUCUUUCAGACCUUCUCUUAGAUUGAUGUUGCAUACUCUUUCCUUGAUAUCAGAGAAAUAAAAUUCAAUAAGAAAUCUUUUGGCCUAAUUUUAGUGGUCUCAGACUAAACUCAUGCUUACUUCUAGACUAAAAUAAAGGUGAUGCCCUACAGAGUCUAACCUAACUCACCAGUGAAACUGGGUCAGAGAUCUCAUACCAACAGAGCACAUAGUUAUCUAGAGUUUUUAUCUUUGUACUAUGUUCUCCUGAGAAAAUAUCAAGGAGAAGUACCAGGUGCCAGAGGGAGGAAACUAUUUCUGAAUGUAGAUAAUGUAAAUAUUUUGGAUCCAGUGUUUCCAGAAACACAUUGCUAAGUUUAAUAAGAGAUUCACAAUGUCUGUGUCAUUGUCCACUAAAUAAACCAUUUUGAGGGAAAGAUUGAAUAUACCUCAGCAUAAUUUUAUAUGAAAAAUAAUUGAGGUAUUAGAGAUCCCGACUCAGAAUAUUGUCUUAGUCAAUUUAAAUAAUGAGCAUUCUAAUUCAUGCAAGAAACUAUUGCAACAUCAAAUAAUAAUAAUUAAUAAUUUAUAAUGCCUUGAGAAUUUAGUUUAAAUGAAUAUAUAGAGGCAAAGGCAAGGCUUGGGAAAGCUACUGUAUGAGAAUGAGGGAAACACUGAGUCCCACCCCAGGGAGAAGAUGGGAAGACAUCCUUUUGACCACAGGCCGAACUUUGAAACCCAAUGGUAUAACAGGAGAAAAGAUGAAGGGCAAGGGAGUAUGAGCCUCU